CGGAAAACGCGCGUGCCGGGCGGAGAGUCCUGGCGCGAGUGCUGUGCCACCAUGGGCCGCAGAAGAGCGCCCGAUGCCGGGACUCUCGGCCGGGCCCUUAUCCGCCAGAAGACUCAGCGGAGCCGUAACCACCGUCACGCCGAUUCCUGGUUGCACACAAGUGAGCUCAAUGAUGGCUACGAUUGGGGUCGUCUUAAUCUUCAGUCAGUAACUGAACAGAGUUCCCUCGAUGACUUCCUUGCAACUGCAGAACUUGCAGGGACAGAGUUCGUAGCUGAGAAGCUGAAUAUUAAGUUUGUGCAUCCGGAGGCUAGAACUGGACUGCUGUCUUUCGAGGAGAGCCAGAGAAUUAAGAAACUCCAUGAAAAAAACAAACAAUUCCUGAGUGUACCACGGAGGCCAAAGUGGGACAAAAACACUAGUCCUGAAGAACUCAAACAGGCAGAGAAAGAUAACUUUCUAGAAUGGAGACGUCAGCUUGUCCGGCUAGAAGAGGAACAAAAGUUACUAUUGACUCCAUUUGAAAGAAAUUUGGACUUUUGGCGCCAGCUGUGGAGGGUGAUUGAGAGAAGUGAUAUCGUGGUCCAAAUAGUAGAUGCUCGAAACCCACUCCUGUUUAGAUGUGAGGACUUGGAAUGUUACGUGAAAGAAAUAGAUGACAGUAAGGAAAAUGUCAUUCUGAUAAAUAAGGCAGACUUGCUGACUGCUGAGCAGCGGAGUGCCUGGGCCACAUACUUUGAAAAAGAAAAUGUGAAGAUUAUCUUCUGGUCGGCUUUGGCUGGAGCCAUUCAACUGAUUGGGGACUCUGAGGAACAUGUGAACGAGGGUGCUGGAGAAGCCAAUACAACUGAGUCUGAAAACUCCAGUUGUGAUGAGGCUGAAAAUCCUCACAGUGAGACCGAACAGCUCCUGGACGGGGGAUCCCCGCCACUUGGUGAAGUUGCCAGUAGCGAUGAAGACAACAGUGAGUACGAGGACUGUCCGGAGGAGGAGGAGGAAGUUUGGCAGACGUGUUCAGAAGAGGACAGCAACCCUGACGAAGAGCCCUGUGGCUGGGACAGGAAGGAAAGCUGUACUGUGGAUUCUGAGGCUCAGGACAGGAACACCCUGGAGAAGAGGCACACACGCAAUUUCAGCCACCUGGUAUCAAGGCAGGAGUUAUUGGAGAUCUUUAAGCAGCUACAUACCGGGAAGAAAGUGAAAGAUGGACAGCUUACUGUUGGACUGGUGGGCUAUCCGAAUGUUGGUAAGAGUUCCACAAUCAACACCAUCAUGGGCAACAAGAAAGUGUCUGUGUCUGCCACACCUGGUCACACCAAGCAUUUUCAGACUCUCUAUGUGGAACCUGGCCUCUGCUUAUGUGACUGCCCGGGCCUGGUGAUGCCAUCCUUCGUCUCUACCAAGGCAGAAAUGACUUGCAAUGGAAUCCUCCCUAUUGACCAAAUGAGAGACCACGUUCCCCCUGUGUCACUAGUUUGCCAGAAUAUUCCGAGAUAUGUUUUAGAAGCUACCUAUGGCAUUAAUAUCAUAAAGCCUAGAGAGGAUGAAGAUCCCCAUCGACCUCCGACAUCAGAAGAACUGUUGACAGCUUACGGAUAUAUGCGAGGAUUCAUGACUGCGCACGGACAGCCAGACCAGCCUCGGUCUGCUCGCUAUAUCCUGAAGGACUACGUCAGUGGUAAACUUCUGUACUGUCAUCCUCCUCCUGGAAGAGACCCUGUGACCUUUCAGCAUCAACACCAGCGACUCCUAGAGAACAAAACGAAUGGUGGUGAACUAAAAAUGCAUCCAGGCGGAAAUAAAAAAGCAAAACAGAUUGAAAAUGUAGUUGACAAAAGUUUUUUCCAUCAAGAAAACGUGAGAGCUUUGACCAAAGGAGUCCAGGCUGUGAUGGGCUACAAGCCAGGGAGUGGCCUGGUGACUACAGCUGCUGUGAGCUCUGAGGGCAGGGCUGGGAAGGCCUGGAAAAAACAUGGCAACAGAAAUAAAAAAGAGAAAACUCGUAGACUCUAUAAGCACCUGGAUACGUGAACUUGGGCUGCAGUGGAAAUGGCAUCUGCGUUGUGCACCUGAAGAAGACACAGAAGCUGCUCUUGGCCGUGAUGCUGUGAAAUGGACCCUGCUUCUUGUGGCACGCAGCCACACCAGACAGCCAGUAUCAGGACGCAGGGGCUCCGUGGAGCACCGAGUCUAACACAGUCAUCUUGGAGCCCCAGAAACUUUGUCCUGUAGAAGGCUGAAUUUAAGAUGAGGGAAUGAAUGAUUGCAUGUGUAAACAAAUACACAUGCAUACUAAUUUGUAAAUUGGGUUUAAAAAAAAAAAAUACUAAAAUUAAAUGGUCACUAACAGGCGUUUUAUUGGUUUAUGUAGAUACACUGCCAUUUGGACAUUUCGCAUUCUUUAAACAGUUGCAAUUUGCCAAAGCAUGACUGGGAUUUUAGAUGGAUUCUUUUGAGAACAUUAUAUAGGUUAGUGAUUCUCAACCUCACAUGCAUACCCAGCAGUCCCCUGGUAUUGCAGAAGGCACAUCAGGUCUUGGAAUGAGGGGGCUAGCAGAUGUAGUUUUUAAAAGCCUCAGAGAGCCCACCCUUCUAUUGAAGAUCCCUGUCAACAUGAGCCACUACUAUGGAAAGUAGUGUGUGUUUUUCUAAAGCUCACCACAGGCAUGAGGAAAUGGGCAGAUGAUCAGCUAGUUCUUGUUUUAGGUAUAGUUGCCUGAUCUCCUUAGUACUUAGGACCAUCAAGAGUGAGACAAGGACAGUUUACCUUUUAUAGUACCAUUCCUGUUUUAGCCUCUCACUUUACUUUUGUCUCCCUUUUUCUAUGAACCUCAUUAUUCCCUUAGCUCAGAUCCUUUCCUUGUGUUGUGUGGUAGAUGUUUUUGGAAAUCUAACGGACGUUAUGGACGCCUUCUCCAGAAAAAUGCACAUGCCCAUGAACAGUCUUGUGAAAUGUAUCAGAAGAUGACAGACCCGCGGUUCGUCCACAGUUUUGCAGUUAAGCCUUGCCCGAUGUGGCCAGAGUGUAUUUUAAGAUAUAUUUGAAAAAUGUGUUCCACCUGGGGAAUAAAAAAUAUAUACUUGUUUAUUUAA